CCUGAUGCGUCCACCCUACUGCUGUGUCUGGUUUCCACUGGCUGGAAUGGGACCUCACAUUCUGUAUUUGUCCUGAUUGGCUGGCAACUUAGAACUUCUAAAAGAGGCAAAGGUAGAGGAAAACAAAGGAAGGAGGAAGUAACUUGUGGAAUGCUGAGAAAGGUAAAAACACUUUCAAACAAGGAAGACGAACAGACUAUGGACCUAAUAUUUGAUUGGACCAGUAUCAGCAUGUUAGGGCAAAUACUUAGGCUAAAUUGUGAGGCUGAGAAUACAAAGUACAUUGAUUGUCACGGCUAGUCAAUAUUUAAGAGUGUUAGCACAGGUCUUUGAAUACAUUUUGCUUCUCAGAGCAGUUACUAUUUAUUCCUAAUUAAAUGGGGAGGAAAGUCUUUGAAGAAGAACCUCUAGUUUACUUUUUACACUCCCCCAGUAUGGUGCCGUGCCCAUCCAGUCCAGCGUGGUGUUAUGUUCCUGCUCGUCCCCAUCAAUGGUGAGGACCCAGACUGAGUCCAGCACAGCCCCUGGCAUUCCUGGUGGCAGCACGCAGGGCCCCGCCAUGGACGGCACUGCAUCUGAGCCUCAGCCCGGCGCCGGCUCCCUGCAGCAACCACUGCCGCAGCCUCAGAAGAAGCGGCCUGAGGACUUCAAGUUUGGGAAAAUUCUUGGGGAAGGCUCUUUUUCCACGGUUGUCCUGGCUCGAGAACUGGCAACCUCCAGAGAAUAUGCGAUUAAAAUUCUGGAGAAGCGACAUAUCAUAAAAGAGAACAAGGUCCCGUAUGUAACCAGAGAGCGGGAUGUCAUGUCGCGCCUGGAUCACCCCUUCUUUGUUAAGCUUUACUUCACAUUUCAGGACGACGAGAAGCUGUAUUUCGGCCUUAGUUAUGCCAAAAACGGAGAACUACUCAAAUAUAUUCGCAAAAUCGGUUCAUUCGAUGAGACCUGUACCCGAUUUUACACGGCCGAGAUUGUGUCUGCUUUAGAGUACUUGCACGGCAAGGGCAUCAUUCACAGGGACCUUAAACCGGAAAACAUUUUGUUAAAUGAAGAUAUGCACAUCCAGAUCACAGAUUUUGGAACAGCAAAAGUCUUAUCCCCAGAGAGCAAACAAGCCAGGGCCAACUCAUUUGUGGGAACAGCGCAGUACGUUUCUCCAGAGCUGCUCACGGAGAAGUCCGCCUGUAAGAGUUCAGACCUUUGGGCUCUUGGAUGCAUAAUAUACCAGCUUGUGGCAGGACUCCCACCAUUCCGAGCUGGAAACGAGUAUCUUAUAUUUCAGAAGAUCAUUAAGUUGGAGUAUGACUUUCCAGAAAAAUUCUUCCCUAAGGCAAGAGACCUCGUGGAGAAACUUUUGGUUUUAGACGCCACAAAGCGGUUAGGCUGUGAGGAAAUGGAAGGGUACGGACCUCUUAAAGCACACCCGUUCUUCGAGUCCGUCACGUGGGAGAACCUGCACCAGCAGACGCCUCCGAAGCUCACCGCUUACCUGCCGGCCAUGUCGGAAGACGACGAGGACUGCUAUGGCAAUGUAAGCUGGCCGGGAUGGCGGGCGAGGGGGGUGCUUCAUGCCCGUGCGCCAGACCCACGUGUGAUUUGUAGCCGAAAGGGGAGGGUGUCUCUGCCAGUGCGGCAGGCCUGUUGGUGGUUGUAGUCUUUGCUGCCGUGAGGCAGUGGCGGGUGAGGUGCUGGGUGGGUCGUUUUUUCCUCAUUUCCGUGGCCGGGAACAGGCUAGUGAGUUUCCACGCAGAGGGUGCUGCUAGAACCGGACACCGAGCACCCCCGGCACUGGCCCC